UGACGUUUCGCUCAACAGGUGUUCUGGCGACAGUGCAAAAUGUAAACAAACACAGGACAUUUGGUCAAUUUGCAUUUUAGGUUCGCAUUAGGCGCUGGGGCCAGUUCGAGUUGUUUUGAAUUCAAGUCAUUCAGUGUCGCUGGCUUUAUUCGAUCAGAUAAAGUGUUGUGGAUCAUGUAAGUGGAAUCUGGGACACGACGCAGAUAAGAUCGUUAUCAAUGUUGUGCUAAACUAUUUGAGGCUGAUAAUCAUUGGACCUGCUUUCGUACUUAGUGAACAAUGGCAUCGCCUCCGGAAUGCUUAGAGCGUUACUCCACGUUAGAGCAGUUGUGCCAAGAACACAUACAGCACUUCAGCAAGGAUGAAACUAGUGCUGGACGACGAUUGCUCGAGUCUCUUCAUAAACUCGCGGAAAAUGUAAAAGUGGCCAAGGAGCUUGUCAGCAACAUUCAGAGUUUCGCGCACGAAUAUGACUUUGAUUCAAGUGUCCCUGGGAAUGGAUACAGGAGCUUCGCCAACGUCACCAACGCCUGCGUCGACCUCACUUUGGAAGUCUUGCAAAAACUAGCUAAGUCGAGAAGGUUACUAGUCUUCCGCAAAAGCUGGUACGCGCGGGAGAUCGACGCCCACGAGACGCUUCUAGCCAGCAUUUGUUCAUGUCUCAAGUACCUGAUAAUCUUGCGAAAAUGGAGCGAGCCUGGGGAUCUGUUUCCGACCGGGAUUCAUACCGCGAAUGAACUGUUUGAACGCGGCGAGCCAGUGAAUCAACUAAGCUUCUACGGGAGGUGCCUGGGUUUCCAGUUCUGCAAGUCUAUGCGGCGGGUACUGGUCUUCAUUUCCACUUGCAUGGCCGGUUUCUCCGAGUCGUAUUUCUCGCAGUCGAACUUCGUGCUGAAAACCGUCGCGUCAAUUUUGCAUGGAGGAAAGUAUUUUGUGUGCCCAGAGGCGCGGGCCAAGAGGAUAGUGAAUAUCGUCCAAAACGCCGACGUGGGAUUCUGUAAAGCUUUCUGGUUCCUGGCGGAGGGAGAAAUCAUGCAGCGAUAUCCGGCGGUGGUUGGAGCUUCGCUGGAAGUGAAUCGAGUUAUACAAAUCCCGCCAGAGCCUUUAACAGUGGAUCACCUAGUUACCGGCCAGCCAGUUGAUAUCACAAUUCCCAAGAGUCAUUUUGGUCCGAUGGCAGUUACUGCUCGGCUGCUAAGCAAAAAAAGGAGGAAAGGAAUGAUCGGCGAGUUUGGCUCUAGCGGUAAAAUACUACUGCCAAGCGAGGCACUUAUUAUCCACAGUCACGGCGGAGGAUUCGUGGCACAGAGUUCAAAGUCACAUGAAAUCUAUGUUCGCGACUGGGCGGUUGAACUGGACGUACCAAUUCUUUCCAUCGAUUACAGCCUUGCACCGCAGGCCCCCUACCCACGAGCACUGGAGGAGGUGUUCUACACAUAUUGCUGGGUUUUGAAGAACUGCCACUUGUUGGGAUCGACAGGAAAACGAAUUAUUUUAGUGGGCGAUUCCGCAGGUUCAAACUUGAAUUUGGGAGCUACGUUGAAGUGCAUUCAGCUUGGCAUUCGGAAGCCCGACGGACUUUUCAUUGCCUAUUGCCCCUUUUUGGUGAGCUUUGUACCCAGCCCGGCCAGAAUUCUAUGCUUGAUGGAUCCCCUCUUGCCAUUUGGGUUUAUGAUGCGCUGCUUGAAGUCCUACGUAUCGCCGAGUGUCUCAAUAAAUGCGGAAAACUCAAAACGAUCGCAUAUGCUGGAAAAGAUUGCAAAUGCUGGACGUGAUACUAAAGUGUACUCACUAGAACCUCUCAAGGCUAAACUGAAAGAUAGAAAUCGAACCGAAAUGGAAAAGAAUGGUCUCCAGAACACAUCAUGCUUGGAUCAGGUUUCUCUGAAAGAGAAUAACAUCCAUUCAACCCGGGAAACCAGUCCUACAACGUCCAAUUCCAAGGAAUUCUUAAACAAAUUCGUUGAUAAGUACGUGGACAGUCAAUCACCGGACAACAAGUUGGUCCUCCAACCCACUUUGCAUAAAACUUCAUCUGAAGAUAAUCUUCUGCUUGACGUCGGGAAGCACAUGUUAGUUUCUCGGAAAACGGAAAAAACUUGCGCUGUUGAAGACGAAGGAAGCACGGAGAGUGCCAGCACAGAAAUCAAAAACAUCUGCGCUGACAGUGAAUCCGAUACUGUGCUCCUGAAAAAUCCGACAGACGAAUUUGACUUUGAUGUUCCCAAAGACCCAUUGAUGUCUCCAUAUUUAGCAAGCGAUGAAGACCUGAAGCGUUUGCCAAGCGUUAAAGUUUUGUCCGUAGAAAUGGACCCGUGUCUUGACGAUUGCGUAAUGUUUGCGAAGAAGCUGAAAAGACUUGAGGUUCCUGUGAGUCUAGACGUUAUCAAGGGUCUUCCGCACGGUUUUCUUAAUUUAGUCAAGGUAUCUAAGGAGGCGGACGAUGGUUCUAAACUGUGUAUAAAGCGAAUAAAAGAGCUUAUGGAGUUGUAGGUUUUUAGGGUUCCUUUCAUUUAACGGGUUUGAUACAUUCUUAUGUUUUCUUUGUGCAAUAGACUGAAUAUAUUUAAGAUGGGCAGCAUUAAUAUAUUUGAUAUACAAGAUUUUCCGA